ACCCUACCGUAGUCUUCGUUUGACAGUGAUAGUAGGUACUCAUUGAUGUAAAAUUUUGAAUUCAAUCACGUUGGGUUGAAAUAGAAUCUAUGUAGUGGAUUAAAAUAUAAUAAGGCUACAAUUGAGGAAUCAUGAGUUACGUUCCGUCUAUCUUGAAAAGUAAAAUCGAGCUUUGCCUAAAUAACGACGAUCUAAGUGAUUGUGAGUUUGUGGUUGGUAAACAAAAUUGCUUCAUUAAAGGACAUAAGCUGUUAUUUGCCAUUAAUAGUCCUGUUUUUCGUGAUUUGUUGUACAACAAUGGACACACCAGCAAUAAUGCCACAGCUAUGGAAAUAGAGGACGUCGAAGCUAACGAAUUUAAUGGUAUGAAACAAUUUUUCUACACAGAGAGUGUGGAUUUCACUUCUAGUCUUCAUGCGUGUUCAGUGUAUUUGGCUGCUUGGAAGUAUGUAGUUCCUGACCUUAUGUCAACGUGUGUCCAAUACAUAAAAUGUAAUAUCUCUGUUACGGAAGUGAUAGAUGUAUAUCAGUUUUCAAUUAAACAUAACAUUCCAGACAUUGAAACUAUUUGUUUCGCGUUCUUUCAGAACAAAACCACAGAAAUAAUGCAAAGUGAAAAGUUUUUAUCAGCUGAUAUUAAUACGGUUGAAACAAUAUUAAAAAUGGACUCAUUGAAUUUGAAUUCUGAGUUGGAGCUUUUCAACUAUACAGAGAAGUGGGUUCAUGCUGAGGCAAGCCGCAGAAAAGUGGAUUUGCCAAAUCAGAGCGAACAUUUUAAUUGCAUUAUAAGACAUAUACGGUUUUUGACAAUGAGUAAGGAACAAUAUAGAGAAGGCCCUUCCCAGUCUGAUUUGUUAGCAGCAGAAGAAAAACUUUCAAUUAUACACAAAUUAUUAGGCUUCGAAGAUCAAUUAUCUACAAAAUUGAGCCCUUUGACAGAGAAUAGAAUUUUCACAGAAGUAAAGCCCGAAGAUAGAAAAGAAGUACGACUGUCAUUAGACAAAAUAUUUUCAAUUCCAAGUAAGGCUGAGAAAUUUGAAUUCAUUUUCACAGCUAAGAAUAAGAAAUUUAAUUUCAAAUAUCAAGGACUAGAUUUGGAAAUAUAUUAUGAAUUUAUUCAAAAAUCUAAUAUAGACAAUUUUACACAAAAUUUAUUCGUGAUUAAACUGAUAAACAAUCACAAAAUUAAAUUACAUUCAGUAGAAAAAAUGGAAGUAGUGAGAUAUAAUAAAUCGAAAUUUAUUCAUACAAUUGUUACAAACGUGUCAACUAUUGUAGAGGAUGAAUACACAUUUCCUUAUCUUCCUUUGAGCGGAUAUGCAGGAACAGGUUUAAUAGAAAUUCAAUUUGAACUGAAUCUUCUAAAGCUGGAAGAAUCUGAUAAUCUGAAGAAAUACCUAGACUUCUAUUGACAGAAUUAUCAAAAGACAGUUAUUAGAUAGUAUUAUUCAAUAUACUAGUAAUCUAAUGAUUAUUGAAUUGAUGAUUUUAAAGGGUCGGACAUGGUUUAAAAUACACAGCAUGUUGUUUAAAAAAUAAUGAUAUAAUUGGUUUAAAAGUAAAGUAUUUAGUUGAAAAAUUCAAGAAUUUUAGGACACCGAUAGUUUAUGAAUAUAAAAAAUUUGAAUGAUAAACAUUGAAUUCAUCACAAAAAAAUUAAAAAACAAAUUAUUUUAUAAAAAUAAAUUAUUUCAACUUUUUCAUCCUGAGAAGAAAUAUAAUUUUUACAUUUUUUAAUAAUGUUGUUAGCACAAUAUAUUGUAUAAUUAUUCCAUUACUUUUACUUCAUGACCAACUGCCAUUGAUUGCAAGGGAUGAUAUAUCAAACUGUAUAAAAGUUGCUUAUAAAGUAAUAUAACAAAGUUACUAUAUAAAAACAUCAACACACUCAAUCCUCUCCAAAAUAAAAAAGUUCAUUGAUUUUUUUGCAGUAAAUAAGAAAUAGUUUUGGGGAAAGAGAAAACAGUACAAUCAGAAUUAUCUUCUUGAAUGGCUCGUCAAAUAAUAAGAGUUAAUAUUAAUGAAUAAUUGUAAAAUAGACAAUACAAUAGGAUUAUUAGGGUACCUAAUAAAUAAUUUUCAACAUUCAACUUCUAAAAUAAUUUUUAUUAGAAAAUCAAGAACCAACUAGUAGGCCUAUGGCUCCACUAAGAGGAUGUUUGACAUAAUACUAACAAAACAUGGUUGUACAUUCUCCAACACAAUCAUAUUAAUUACUAACUCAUUCAGGAUUCCAAAUAAUAGGAAUUACAUUCAUCUAAAAUAUUGAAAUUUGAAAAUGAAAUCUUGUAAGUUGUGAAACCCAAAUUUGUGUUUUGAUGAUAAAGAGAAUAUUUUAACAUGCAAAAUAGAACCUCUUCGUAGCAUUGCCACAUAAGUUGUUUUAAGUGAGUUUGAUUUCGCUGUUCUCGACACAUUAUUUUACUUACUAAGCACAUACAGAUCUAAUGAUUUCAACUAGAUGCAUAGUUAAUAAAAAUGGAUCAAAAUGUAGAAUUGUCUGUAAUUUAUUGAGACUACGUGUUAAAUAAAGUAAUAUUGUAAUUGCUUGAAAUA